ACGCCGCACCCCGGCCGAGACCGGGGAUUCCUUAAUCUUUGCUCCAAAUAGUAUACCAACAAUGCCUUGCUCGAGUUUGUAGGUACUUAGUUAAGUACCUACGUGGUACCUACCUACUAAUAUCUGAUAUUAGUAACUUAAUAAUAUUUAACUACCUAGAAACAAACAUAAAUAUUUGAAAUAGAAUUAUUUCUUUUAAAUAUUAUGCCGUUUUCAUAAUCUUAACCUUUCAUAACCUGCGAUUGUGAUAAGUGAACAAAUAACAAAGCCCAGUCAGCCAGCCACCAUAUCAUAAUAUAAACAAAAGUAAUGUGCGCAAAAAUUGCUUCAUUAUAUUUUUGUAAAGAUUGACUUGAAACUGAAAAAAAAUGUCAGAGAAUAGAUAUCAAUUAUGGGGUGGUUGUUUCGAAGAAGAGGCUUCACAGGAUCUGAGACACUUGAACGAUUCCCUAGCAGUUGAUAGUAGGCUCUUCCGGGAGGAUAUUCACGGCAGCAGAGCUUGGGCUCAAGAACUGAACAAAAGCAAUCAUCUGUCCGAUGAUCACUAUAAUGCUAUAAUAGAAGGUUUGAAUAAAGUAGAAAUCGACAUCGAAAGAGAUUUAAACGCUCAUGGUUGCCUCUUAGAUAAAGAGGAAGACAUACAUUCCGUAGUAGAAAGACGGCUUCAAGAAUACGCAGGUGAUGCAGCUUUACAUUUACACACGGCCCGCAGUAGAAAUGACCAGUCUGCCACAGAUACAAAACUAUGGAUGCUAAGUUCUCUAAAAAAUAUGAAAAAAGAACUACUACAACUUAUUUCAGUAGUGACGAGCCGCGCAGAAGAUGAAAUAAAUGUAAUUGCACCGGGUUACACUCAUCUUCAGCGAGCUCAGCCAAUACGAUGGAGUCACUUCAUGCUAAGCUAUGCUUGGCUUCUAAAAGACGAUGUUUCUCGAUUAAACGAACAAGCCAGGCGCCUGUCAACGUGCCCCCUCGGUAGUGGUGCUCUAGCUGGCUGUGCUUUGCCGAUUGAUCGUGAGAGACUGGCACAUAGUCUGGGAUUCAAUGAUAUCACACCUAACUCUAUGUAUGCCGUUGGAUCAAGAGAUUAUAUAGUUGAAUUCCUAAAUUGGGCUGCAUUAUGUUCCGUACAUCUGAGCAGACUAGCGGAAGAUUUGAUAAUAUACAGCACGCAAGAAUUUGGAUUUGUACAGUUAUCCGAUAAAUUUUCCACUGGGUCAAGUUUAAUGCCUCAGAAACGAAACCCUGAUGGAUUGGAAUUAGUGAGAGGUGCUGCAGGAAUGCUACUAGGGGAUAGCUUUUCGUUUAGUUGUACUCUUAAAGGUUUACCCAGCACUUACAAUAAAGACUUGCAGGUCGACAAGGAAAUUACGUUCAGAUCAUAUGACAGAUUAAUGCACUGCGUAAAAGUUAUGAAUGGAACUAUAAGAACUAUGACUGUUAAUCAAGAUAAAGCUAUUGGACUACUGGAUUCCAGCAUGUUAGCUACAGACCUCGCUCACGCGCUCGUUCGACGAGGGGUUCCGUUUCGGAAGGCACAUCAUAUUGUAGGGUCCGUCCUCAAACGCGCUGCCGCCUUAGGAGUAGAUCUACAACACAUGCCUCAUAAGGAAUACAUUGCUAUAUGCCCAGAGUUUGGAUCUCAAGAGGAGCUAGAGAAAGUAUUUUCUUGGGAAUCUAGCGUGGAACAAUAUAAAAGCGCCGGAGGAACUUCGCGUGACGCAGUUGGAAAUCAGUUGCAGUUGUUACAGAAAUGGUUACAAGACGAACAUUGUUAGUUUUAUUAAUCAAAUAAAUAUAUAAGAAAAUUUAGAAAAAUAAAUCAUUAAAUAUGUA